AUGCCAUUUAUCGACGAUGAGCUGCUGUGGUCCCCGGACAACGAUGGACGGAUGGUGGAUCUGCAGGCGUGUCUGCAAACGGAGAGUAAUCAAACGGCAAGCCAAACGGCGGAACUGGCAAACGGUGGCUGUGAUUUGAACACGCUCGACGACCAGCUGGACAAUGACUCGGAUGAGCUGCUGCGGCAGCUGACGGAAAACUCGUUUGAGCUGGAACAGUUUUUCCAAGACUUUCCACCCACCGAAAUCAAAGUCGAGGAAAACAACAACGAUCUGCAGCUGGACGAGGAAACGAGCGGCCAACUCUUCCUCCAGAGCUGCAAUCAGUUCCUCUCGUCCGCUGCCGCCGCCGCCCAGCUCAGUGCCCUUUCCGGCGACCCGAACGAGUCCGACGGAAGUCUCAACCGACUCUGCUCGGGUGGAAACGAUCAGCUGCUAGGCUCUAGCGGUCUCACUACCCAGCAGCUGCAAGAACAGUUGCUAAUCGCACAGGCACAGGGUUUGCUGCAGCAGAAUCGCUUUAACAAUUCGCUGCUCGCCGAAAAACUCCUGCAGAACCACCAUCAACAACAGCAGCAACAACACUUGGAGGCACUCGGAGUGUCAUCCAACAACACCAACAACAAUCACCACCAUCCCCACAGCAACAACAACAAUAGCAGUAGCAGUAGUAGCAGUAAUGGUGGAAGGGCCAAUAAGCCGCCCGAUAUCGUCAUCAAAGGUAUGUUCAACAAUCUUGCUCCAACUGGUCGGUACAACCGUUCAAAGGAACUCUCCUGA